AUGACGGCUCCACAGCCACGUCCCAAGCACGCGCGGGAGAACAUCAGAGGCGGGACGACGGGGGACACGCCAGGCGACUUGAAAUGCGAUUCUUCAGCUUUACCGGAUGCAGAGUGUUGCGGUGUGAAUUCCCAGUGCCCUUCUGCGUCCCCCGAGGUCACAGACAACGACUCCCCCUCCUCGAAGGGACAUUCCCACGACAUCCCCAAGUUGCCCCAUGGAGCCAUUCCCACCUCAGCCCUUGUAGCCGAGUCCCACCACCGUCAGCGUCCUCCUUUCCGCGGUGCCGGCUCAGUGCGGUCGCCGGCAUUGCACGGCCGAGCCAUCUGCAGCCGGGCUUCGUUGCGGCUCUCAGAGGACCGCUGGCUGCACGCGGACUUUGGCCUCGACGACCCGGGGCCCUUCUGCUUCAGCAUCCAGGUCGGCCACGGCCAGAGUCGCCUCUUCAGUGUGGAGCUGGCGACAGAGCUGGCCGCGUGGGAGAGGUCUUUCCAAAGAGCUACCUUCAUGGAAGUUCAGAGAACCAGGGCCAGAGCGUACGCGUGCAGCUGCGGAGGAGAGGCUCUGUGCUUCACGGUCGAUCUCGCAUGGGGUUUCACCUGUUCUGACGGGAAGACGAAGGACGUGCGCUGGAGGUUCAAGUUCUCUCAGCUGAAGGGGUCUUCGGACGACGGACGCAAUCGACUGAAGCCGCUCUUCCAGCGCCCGGACAGCGGGCAGAUAGACGUGAAGGAACUCGAAUUCGCAGACCUGACGGCCGUCCUGCACUGCGUUCAUGCCUUCCUAGCAGCCAAGGUGGCCUCCGUGGACCCCACAUUCAUGGACAGCCAGAGCAUCGCAAGGAAAGUGCUUCUGUUGACCCUGAACAUUAAUUAUUUUCUUAAGAAAGGACUUUUUCCUGCCAAUGUUGCAACUCUGUGA